UUUUAUGAAGAAAGGAAUAUAUUUCCAGGAGAAAAACACAGUUUACAGGUUCCUCUGUAGGACUAGAAAUGUCCUCCAGAAUGAGCGACUCUGUGAAACAGGACAUAAAGAAAGAUGAGAGUCUGAUUCAGGGUAAGAGAUCAGACUCACCUGAACCCAGCUGUGUGUCCAUGAAGAGUGAUGCGUCAAUGGAAAAGCCAAUAAACUUUAGAAACACAGACUGUACUACUGAUCUGAGCUCAGUAAUGUAUAAGAGAUCAGACUCACCUGAACCCAGCUGUGUGUCCAUGAAGAGUGAACAGUCAAUGGAUCUUCCAAUAUACUUUAAAGACACAGACUGUACUACUGAUCUGAGACUGCAGAAGAAGAAAUCAAAUAUCACUGAGAAGAGUCAUUUAGAGGCCAUAUUCAAGGAUCUGGAGCACAAAGUCAUCACUCUGAUACAGAAUGAACUGAAGAGAUAUAAGAAGCUCCUGAGUCCAGAUUACCCAGCAUGCUCUGAGAGGGAGGUGGAGGAUGAGGAGGAUCAGAGCAGUGUCAGAGAGGGAGUGCUGAAGAUCACACUGCACUUCCUGAAGAACAUGAAGCACACAGAUCUCGCUAACACACUGCAGAACAAACUCGUCUCUGUGCACCAGCGAAAACUCAAAUCCAAACUGAGAGAGAAAUGUAAAAGAAUUACUGAAGGAAUCUCACAGCAUGGAAGCUCAGCACUUCUGAAUGAGAUCUACACAGACCUCUACAUCACAGAGGGUUGGAGUGGAGACGUCAAUAAUCAACAUGAGGUGAGACAGAUUGAGACAGUGUCCAGGGGACCAGCAACACAGGAGACACCCAUCAAAUGUAAUGAUCUCUUUAAAGACAAGUCCAUCAGAAGUGUGCUGACUAAAGGAGUUGCUGGAAUUGGAAAAACAGUCUCUGUGCAGAAGUUCAUUCUGGACUGGGCUGAAGGAAAAGCAAAUCAGGACGUCACCUUCAUGUUUCCACUUCCCUUUAGAGAGCUGAAUCUGAUGAAGCAGAAACAUCUCAGUCUGAUGGAUCUUCUUCAUCACUUUUUCCCAGAAAUAAAAGAAUUACGAUUAAUAGACUGUGAGAGGAAUAAAGUGGUGUUGAUCUUUGAUGGUCUGGAUGAGUGUCGACUUCCUCUAAAUUUCCAGAAGAAUGAGAGAUUGUGGGAUGUGACAGAAUCAGCCUCAGUGAAUGUGCUGCUGACGAACCUCAUCAAGGGGAAUCUGCUUCCCUCUGCUCUCCUCUGGAUCACCUCUCGACCAGGAGCAGCCAAUCAGAUCCUUCCUGAGUGUGUAGACCAGGUAACAGAGGUACGAGGGUUCAGUGAUCAUCAGAAAGAGGAGUACUUCAGGAAGAGGAUCAGUGAUCAGAGCCUGACCAAUAAAAUCAUCACACACAUGAAGUCUUCCAGAAGCCUCUACAUCAUGUGUCACAUCCCAGUCUUCUGCUGGAUCUCAGCCACUGUUCUAGAAAGAAUGUUGGGUGAAGCAGAGAGUGGAGAAAUCCCCAAGACUCUGACUCAAAUGUUCACACACUUCCUGAUUUUUCAGAUCAAACACAAAGACCAAAGGUACCAUCAGAAAUGUGACCCUGAUCCUCAGCAGUCCAGAAAAAGUAUCCUGGAACUGGGAAAACUGGCUUUACAACAGCUGGAGAAAGGAAACCUGAUCUUCUAUGAGGAAGACCUGAGAGAGUGUGGCAUUGAUGUCAGAGAAGCAUCAGUGUACUCAGGAGUGUGUACUCAGAUCUUCAGAGAGGAGUUUGGGCUUCACCUGGGGAAGGUGUUCAGCUUUGUACAUUUGAGUGUUCAGAAGUUGGCUGCUUUAUACACAUUUCUCUCAUUUAUCAACAAAAAGAGUAAAAAACUACAAAUCAACAAUCUGUCAGAUCUUUUCACCAAAUCAAACAUGUCUGAUUUCCUGAGGAGUGCAGUGAAAAAAGCCUUACAGAGUGAGAAUGGACACCUGGACCUGUUCCUCCGCUUCCUUCUCCGUCUCUCACUGGAGUCCAAUCAGACUCUCUUACGAGACCUACUGCCACAGACAGGAAGUAGCUCCCACAGCAAACAGGAAACAAUCGAGUACAUCAAGGAGAAGAUCAGAGAAAAUCCAUCUCCAGAGAAAUCCAUCAAUCUGUUCCACUGUCUGAAUGAACUGAAUGAUGAUUCUCUAGUACAGGAAGUACAACGUUACCUGAACAGCAGAGAUUCCUGGUGUCUCAGUGGAGUCAGACUUUCUCCUGCUCAGUGGUCUGCUCUGGUGUUUGUGUUGCUGAACUCAGAAGAGAAUCUGGAUGUGUUUGAUUUGAGUAAAUGUGACGGAUCAGAUGAAUGUCUUCUGAGGCUGCUGCCAGUGGUCAAAGCAUCCAGAAAAGCUGAGUUGUGUUACUGUAAUCUCACAGAGGAAAGCUGUAGAAUUCUGUCCUCAGUUCUCAGUUCAAACUCCUCCAGUCUGAGAGAACUGGACCUGAGUGGGAAUAACAUGCAGGAUUCAGGAGUGAAGCUGCUCUCUGCUGGACUGGAGAAUCCACACUGUACACUGGAGAUACUGAGGUUGUGUGUGUGUGAUCUCACAGAGGAAAGCUGUAGAAUUCUGUCCUCAGUUCUCAGUUUAAACUCCUCCAGUCUGAGAGAACUAGACCUUAGUAAGAAUAAGCUGCAGGAUUCAGGAGUGAAGCUGCUCUCUGCUGGACUGGAGAAUCCACACUGUACACUGGAGAUACUGAGGUUGUGUGUGUGUAAUCUCACAGAGGAAAGCUGUAGAAUUCUGUCCUCAGUUCUCAGUUCAAACUCCUCCAGUCUGAGAGAACUGAACCUUAGUGAGAAUUUUAAACUGCAGGAUUCAGGAGUGAAGCUGCUCUCUGCUGGACUGGAGAAUCCAAACUGUACACUGGAAAUACUGAGGUUGUAUUGGUGUAAUCUCACAGGUGAAAGCUGUAGAUUUCUGUCCUCAGUUCUCAGUUCAAACUCCUCCAGUCUGAGAGAACUGAACCUGAAUGUGAAUAAACUGCAGGAUUCAGGAGUGAAGCUGCUCUCUGCUGGACUGAAGAAUCCACACUGUACACUGGAGAUACUGAGGUUGUGUGAGUGUAAUCUCACAGGUGGAAGUUGUAGAUUUUUGUCCUCAGUUCUCAGUUCAAACUCCUCCAGUCUGAGAGAACUGGACCUGAGUAGGAAUAACCUGCAGGAUUCAGGAGUGAAGCUGCUCUCUGCUGGACUGGAGAAUCCACACUGUACACUGGAGAUACUGAGGCUGGAACGCUGCAGUAUUACAGGUGAAGGUUGUGCUGCUCUGGUUUCAGCUCUGAGGUCAAACACCUCAUCACACCUGAAAGAACUGCAUCUGAAACACAAUAAACCAGGAGAAUCAGGAGUGAAGCUGCUCUCUGAUCUACUGAAGGAUCCACACUGUAAACUGGAGACACUACAAUAUAAGCAGUGAGCAGUUCCUGAUCUGAUCAGAGUUUUAUACAGAAGAUGAUGAGGAUAGUGAUGAUGAGGAUCUAUGAGAGCUGUUUUUCAGAUUAAUGUCCUGUUCCUGAACUCUUGAGAGCUGUUCUUGCUUCUCUUGCCUUUUAGUCUUCACUUCAUGCUCUUUUAUCGUGAGCUGCAAUCUGGGAUCUACUGCACUGGCCAGAGGCUGCUCAAGAUUGAUCUCAUCCUCCUCCAGCUCAGUCAUGGCCUUCGCUCUGCUGCAAACCUGGAGAGGUUGGUAGGCUGUGUGGUGCCUCCUGGAAGUGCUUCCCAUUCUGGUAGGACUUGUUGGGUCACGAGUUCCUCAUAUAGUGCCAUUUUGCCUACAUUUUUGCAAACUGUUCAGCAAACUGGCACAUUAAAAAAAUCAGCAAUGGUGAGCAGAUCAUCCUUCCGCAGCUAUCAAAGUCUUCCAAUGAAGUACAGAACAUAAACAUAACUAAAUCAAAUGUCAUAAUACCACCGACACAAUACACCAAAACACCACACACAGCAAAUAUAAAAACAUCCUGGACGAGACUCCACAUCUGUUAUGAUCCAGUCUACUGAAGAAGCUGCUCGGAUGAGUAGUGAAUCGUUUUGAUCCAACCAGAUAGAAGUAAAAUGAACAUGAUUCAACUUGCAGAUAACCACAGCUGGAUAACUGAGAAUCUUCACAGACAGACUCAGUCUACACUGUAAAAAAUGUCUGUAAAUUUAACAGUAAAAUACUGUAUAAAUGAUACAGGAUAGAACCAUAUUUGACAAAACUGGCAGUAAUCGUAGAAUUUACAGUGCAAAACUGUUAUUCAUUUUACAGAGUAAGACCUUAAAUUUAACAGUUAAAAACAUAUAAAAAAACAUUUAAAAUAUACUGUAUUAGUUACCAUAAAAAAAAUAAUAAUUUUGUCUUUCUAUUUUACAACAGGGAAAUAAACAUGUCAUGAAUGUGAAAAUAUCUUUGGUAAAAACUGAAUUUUUUUCAUUGUAAGGUUGUUUCAUGGAAUUGCCCUCCUAAUCUUAUUACAAAUACAUAAACAUAUUUGACACCUCUGUGCAGUGUGCAAUUGAAAAACACAAUGCACAUGGGACAGAGGACAUAAAUAAUUAUUACAUAUGUUUAAAAAAAAUCAUCUUUGUUUAUGUAAAGUUGUAAUAUAACAACUUCUAAAAAACAAUUGUAUGCUUAAAUGGUCUGCCUAAAAAGCUUAAAAAUUGACCUUGACAUUUGUCUAUUUGAUUUUGAGAACUGAAAUAGUUUUGCUGUAAUUAACAGUGAUUUUACAGUUUUCAUGUUCUGUGAUCGAAAUUUCUGAAAUCUGUUUUGUCUCUGUCCUCAGGUGUUUGUUUUAAGGUAGGAAAAAUGUAACAAGCAUUUGAAAAGGUAACCAUUAAGUAUCAUCCAAUCAUAAUAAACGUUGCGCCUUGGCGCCAGUGGGCAAAGAAUUUGAUUGGCUGAAUACUGAGUGGUGCGGAGCACACGGCAGCGUUUGCUCUCCUGUGUUUAAGCAGUGGCGAAAUGGCGAUUCUUGCGAAGCAUUAUCGGAGCUGAACUACAAAUGGUAAAAAUAUUCUUUAAGAUAAAUGUGUACACUGCAAAAACUGAAAUCUAAGAAAGGGGAAAAAGCUUAUUUCUAGAAAAUAUCUCUUGUUUUUUGCCAUUAAAGACAAAGAUUCCUAAAAAUCAUAUUGAACAUUAGACUAUAAAUCUCAAAGUAAGAAAAUUGUUGUUCUUCAGGCAAGUAAAUGUUAACUUUUAUUUUAGCAAAAUUUCACUAAAAACAAGUGACAGCUAUAAAGUGCAAGUAUAAAGUGCACAUUUAAUUUGAUUGUUGUACUCAUUUUAGACCAAUACUGCACUGGAAAAUUCUAAAAUCAAGAUUCUUAAUCAAAUCAAUCAAAUCAAAUCAAAUUUUAUU